UUGAUCAAUCCCCUCCCCGGCGGUUUGCGCCAUCAGUUAGUCGCCGCUCUGCUCCCAACGUCGGCAAGCGGCAGUAGCUAAGUGCCCCGCCCCCGUUGCCAUAACAGUAGUACACAACCCCUCCUUCCCCUUGCCCCGCUUGCUCAACAGUCCUUCCCUCUCGGGACCAAGGGCCUCUCCAGAGCUUCUUCUGGCUGAGCAGAACCAGGGAGGAGGACUGAGCUUAUCUGACUCCAGAGUCUUCAGGAGGGAAGAAAGAUGUCAGAUGAAGAUGAUCUAGAAGACUUUGAGCUGGACCAGGACGAUUUUGAGAAAGAAGAAGAUGAGAAGGAGACAGAGGAGGAGGAGGACUACAGAAAAGAGGGGGAAGAAUUCCCUGAGGAAUGGCUGCCCAACCCCCUCACGGAGGACAUGAUGAAGGAAGGGCUUUCUCUGCUCUGUAAGACUGGCAGUGGGCUGGCUCAUGCUUAUGUCAAGCUGGAGGUUAAAGAGAGGGACCUGACAGACAUCUACUUGCUGCGCUCCUACAUCCAUCUGCGCUAUGUAGAUGUCUCUGAGAACCACCUGACAGACCUGUCUCCACUCAACCACCUCACCCACCUGCUCUGGCUCAAGGCUGAUGGCAAUCGGCUGCGGAGUGCCCAGCUGAAUGAACUGCCCUACCUGCAGACUGCUAGUUUUGCUUAUAACCAGAUUACUGACACUGAAGGCAUCUCACAUCCUCGUCUGGGAAGCGUGAAUCUCAAAGGGAACAACAUCCACAUGGUGACAGGUCUGGACCCCCAGAAGCUGAUCAGCCUGCACACACUGGAGCUUCGGGGGAACCAGCUGGAAAGCACCCUGGGAAUCAACCUUCCUAAGCUGAAGAACCUCUACCUGGCCCAAAACUUGCUGAAGAAGGUGGAAGGCCUGGAGAACCUGAGCAAUCUCACCACUUUGCAUCUUCGAGACAACCAGAUUGACACUCUAAGUGGCUUCUCCAAGGAAAUGAAAUCAUUGCAGUACCUCAACCUGAGGAGAUCAAAGAUGCUGGCCUUCAGACCUGAUCAGAUUCCCAGGGAGGCCAGCACAUUCAUACCUGCUCCAGGCGGACAGAGGUUGCCUCUUUUUGCCCCAAAGUUGGAAAUUCAUCACAGCCUGAGGCCCAGGAUUCUCUCUGUACUGGUCCUUUGGGCAGUGUGGGCUGCAGAGUGGGGUGCCUGGGCCUGAGUACAGCCUGGAACCUAGGCCCAGGUUCGCCCUCGGGCAGGCGUGGGUGGGAGCCAAGCCCGCGUGGGCCACGGGGUGCUGGUAGGAGUGGCUGGAGAGACUUGUGGAGGCGGCUGGGGUGUUUGGAUUUCCAAUAAAGGGACACUGUGAUG